AAGGGACAAGCACAACUGCUCAAGUCACAGAGACAACAUCUUCAGCAACUUCUCCAAGUUCAAGUCCCACGACUGUCUCGACAUCCACAUCCAAAGUGACAAGCACAACUGUAUCCACAACUUCAAAAACAACAUCAACAACAACGAAGAAGCCCAUCCAGUGUGAAAACGGUGGAACCCCAAACAAGGACAAUCUAUCUUGCCUGUGUCCUCCUCCUUUCACCGGUCGCACAUGUGCAGUUAUCAACAGCGUCAUUUCUCCAGAGACGCUCAACAGGAAAGUUCAGACAACAAUUGAAGUUAAAGAGAGUUUCAAACCGGAACAUGCAGAUAAAGCUUCAAAGGAAUAUGAGGAGUUUUCCAAAAGGUUCAAAGACGAGAUGACACCCAUAUAUAACAACACAGUGAAAAACUUCAAAGAAGUGGUUGACAUCACUCUGAACGCUGCCACAGGUGGUGCUUCCAGGACCAGAAGGACUUUGUUCAGUGGGAUUUCUGUAAAAGAUACGACCAGUAAUAUAAAUGCUGAACACGAUAUCGUUGUGGAGGUUCCCAACGACAAAGAGUCUGAAGAGGCCCUUGAUGAAACCCUUAAACAGGUUAAAGAGACUCUCGAUGCUGUGGGAAAGUGUUCAACACCAGCUAACAAUAAAGAUUGUCCAUCAUUUGGAGUUGGAGAAGUCGAACCCCCGACGCCGGUGGCAUUUGAUGAAGACGCUUUCUGCAGGUCCAAGGUGGAGCCUGGUUUUGAGAAGUACUUUUCUCCCGUCAAGGUGGACGGGACGCUCACCUGCAUCUCCCCAUGUGAAGCAGCCCAUCCUCAACCCAAAGGGUGCCAGAACGACGGCACCUGUGAGGUGUUAAGAGAGGGACCCACCUGCUACUGCAGACACACAGAGCAGAACUGGUACCUGGGCUCUGACUGUAGCUACCCCGUGCACAAGGUUGGGUUCUACGCCGGCCUAGGGGCGUGUGCUGCUCUGCUGGUGGCCUCAGUCGGCGUGCUGUCUGCUUGCGUCAUACAGAAGCACAGGAAGCAGAAUCGGGAGAAUGACAUGAAGAAUGAGCUGGUGAAUCAGUGGAUGGAGGAUGACUUUGAGUGGCCCACCUCUGGCAGAACAUCACACACACCGUCAGCAGGGGCGAAUGCCAACCCUGCCUAUCAGAGUGGGAGUUUGUACACGCAGCAGGGACUGGGUCUGCCAGGCCUCCAGUCUAGGCCAGCACCGGGCCAGAUGAGGGCCAGAACCGACCCACACUGGGCUCCCAUACAGCAGGGCCCCUCGUACAGAACCGACCCACACUGGGCUUCCCCACAGCAGGUUCCCUCGUACAGAACCGACCCACACUGGGCUCCCCUACAGCAGGGCCCCUCAUACAGAUCCGCUCCUCCGGCCUACACUGGCCCUUCUCCCGUCUCCCUGCAGUACCAGGCAGCUCCACAGAUCCCUCUGCACCACCUGCACAGCGUCCAACCAAUGUGGGAUAGAAUGCCCCAGCUACGCCUGUCUGUUCGGUCUUUUGACAUUUAGCGUCUCUAGCUAACGGAUCUGCUAUGUCACAACUAAUGGAUCAAAGGCAAUAUCUCACCCACAUCACAGCUAAUGGAUCAAAGGCAAUAUCUCACCCACGUCACAAUUAAUGGAUCAAAGGCAAUAUCUCACCCAACAGUCAACAACAAUACUGAAACUGCAGGUUGUCUUACCGUAGAAACCCUCGGCCCACAUAAAGUAUUUAUUUAUAUAGCCAUUCAGGGUCAUUUCCCCUUUUAUUUAUCAAUGAGUCGCCUGUGGCUUAGGUUGUUGACUUUUGUAUUAUUUUAAAAUUUGACUUAAUGUAUGUUAUGUCUGAUGCUAUAUAAUGUAUUAGGACUUGUAUUAUUGAGGAUCACCUGCUUAAAUAAAAAUGCAUCAUCUAAGAAUCUG